AACGAGCAGGCCUGCCGCGCCGGGAGCUCCAUCCAGAUUGCCUUUGAGGAGGUGCCCCAACUCUUACCCAGAGCCAGCAUUGGUCAUGUGACCUGUGUAGACCAAUCAGAGAACACCAUGGUGCUGCAUUGUCAGCUCUCUGCUGAGGAGGUGAUGUUCCCAGUUUCUGUGACCCAACAGUCCCCCGCUGCCGUCUCCAUGGAGACCUACCACAUCACUCUGACACUGCCACCAACACAGUUGGAAGUUAACCUAAAAGAAAUCCCUGGCGAGGGGCUCCUUGUGUCCUGGGCCUUCAGGAAUCGCCCAGAUCUCAGCCUGACAGUGCGUCCCAAGCUGCAGGCCAGAGAGAGAGGUGAGGAGCAAGUGGAGCUCUCCACGAUUAAGGAGCUGAUAGAGGAUGCCAUCGUCAGCACCCAGCCAGCCAUGAUGGUCAACCUCAGGGCGUGCUCUGCCCCUGGAGGGCUGAUACCCAGUGAGAAGCCACCCACGCUGUCCCAGGCCCAGCCAGCCAUCCCCAGACCCACGCGGUUAUUCCUCCGGCAGCUUCGAGCAUCGCACCUGGGAAGUGAGCUGGAAGGCACUGGGGACCUGUGCUGCAUGGCCGAGCUCGACAACCCCAUGCAGCAGAAGUGGACCAAGUCCGCGAGGGCGGGUCCCGAGGUGGAGUGGACUGAGGACCUGGCCCUGGAUCUGGGUCCCCAGAGCCGGGAGCUGGUCCUCAGGGUGCUGAGGGGCAGCCACUGUGGAGACGCCGAACUCCUGGGCCAGGCCACACUGCCCGUGGGCUCCCCUUCCAGACCACUGUCCCGGAGACAGGUGUGCCCACUCACCCCGGGGCCUGGGACAGCCCUGGGACCCGCAGCCACCGUGGCAGUGGAGCUCCAGUAUGAGGAGGGUUCCCCCCGGAACCCCACCCCCUCCAUGCCACGCCCCAGCAUCACACCAACCAAGAAGGUCGAGCUGGACCGCACCAUCAUGCCUGAUGGCACCAUUGUCACCACGGUCACCACUGUCCAGUCCCGGCCUCGCACUGUAGAUGGCAAGUCAGACUCCCCCUCCCGCUCCCCGUCCAAGGUGGAGGUGACCGAGAAGACGACUGUGCUGAGUGAGAGCGGUGGCCCCAGCAGCACCUCCCACAGCAGCAGCCGGGAGAGCCACCUUGCCAACGGCCUGGACCCUGUGGCAGAGACAGCCAUUCGCCAGCUGACAGAGCCCAGCGGGCGGGCAGCCAAGAAGACACCCACAAAGCGGAGCACCCUCAUUAUCUCAGGUGUUUCCAAGGUGCCCAUCGCGCAGGACGAGCUGGCGCUGUCACUGGGCUACGCAGCCUCUCUGGAGGCCUCGGCGCAGGACUCUGCCCGAGACAGCAGUGGCCCCUCUCCCCCGCCCUCAGACCCUCCAGCCACCUUUCCAGGAGCCCUGGACGCCCUCUCCAGCCCCACCAGCGUCCAGGAGGCCGAUGAGACCACACGUUCGGACAUUUCCGAGAGGCCGUCGGUAGAUGACGUCGAGUCGGAAACAGGAUCGACUGGUGCCCUGGAGACCCGCAGCCUCAAGGAUCACAAAGGUGGGGAGAGGUCGGCAACCCCCUCCUCUGAUACUCAGUGUCAUGACCUGGGUCCUCCUGGAGCCUUAGGGACAUGGAGGCCGAAGCUAAUGGGCUGUGUCCUUCCACAGGGGCUGCCAGAGGCCCAGCCGGUCUCAGCCGAGCUAAAGUAGAGAGGGAGCGGGGUGCGCUGGGUCUUGUGGCAUUAUUUACCACAAGUUUCCUUUUUCCCGUGUCUAAGUGUGUCUCUUCCUUCCCUUGUGUGUUUUUUUCUUCCUUCCCUUUCUUUUAUUUGCAUAUAUAUUUUUAUUGAUUUCA